AUGUAAAACUACAGUCCAACACCUACAUACCCAGCUCUCUCUCUCUCACACACACACGGACUCUGGAAUGGCUUCCUCUGUUCCUCUUCUGUUCUCUUCCUUCAUUUUCCUCAUCACUUCGACUUUUGCUCAGACUCCUGAUUUCCCACUUAGUGUCUUCCUUCAAGUGACCAAAGAUGUUUCAACCCACCAGUAUUUGACCCACUUAAACAUGGGCACACCCCCUGUUCCACUCAAGCUUCUUGUUGAUCUUGGUGCUCCAUUUCUCUGGAUAAACUGUGAUCAGUCAGGCCUUGAAUCAUCAUCUCACCAUCCCAUCAAGUGUAGCUCACUCCAGUGCUCAAUAGCGAAGGUCAAUUGCUGUGCUACACCAGCAGGGCAUGACACCAAGAAUUGUCUCCUUGACCCAGAAAACACCAUCACAGGAGUGGUCACAUCAGGGGAAUUAGCAGAAGACACCAUAGCAGUUGAACUUGCAGAUUGGCAUAGGAUUGGCUAUCCUUCAGUAGCUACCAUUCAUCACUUCCUCUUCUCAUGUGCACCUACACAACUUCUAAGAGGCCUUGCCUCUGGUGUCAAAGGUAUAUUAGGCCUUGCAAAGACUAGAAUUGCAUUGCCUUCACAACUUGCUAACACAUUUGACUUCCAAAAGAAAUUUGCAAUCUGCCUAUCCUCAUCGGAUGGUGCCAUUUUUGCCGGUGGUGGUCCUUAUGUCUCGCUUUCCGGCACCGACAUUUCGAGGACACUAGUUUACACACCCUUUGUUUCAAACCAAGAUCAUAGGUUGGAAGAGUAUUUCAUCAAUGUGAAGUCCAUUAGAAUUAAGGGCAAGCGAUUAUCGUUUAAUUCAUCCUUGUUAUCGGUGGACCAACAAGGCCGUGGAGGGACAAAAAUAAGUACAACUGUUCCUUACACUACAUUUGAGAGCACAAUCUAUGAGACAUUUACUAGAGCUUAUAUCAUGGCUGCUAGUUCUAUGAACAUGACUAGGGUGGCACCAGUAGCACCAUUUGGGGUCUGUUUUAACUCGAAAACAAUCGAUAACACGCUGGUCGGGGCGGCUGUGCCAGUGAUUGAUCUUGUGUUGCAAAGUGAGAUGGUCAGGUGGAAGAUAUAUGGGAGGAACUCAAUGGUGAUGGUGAGUGAUGAGGUGAUGUGCUUGGGGUUCUUGGAUGGUGGGUUGAGUCCAAAAACUUCAAUUGUCAUAGGGGGAUACCAAUUAGAGGACAAUCUUUUGGAGUUUGACUUGAGAACUUCUAUGCUUGGUUUUAGUUCAUCAUUGUUGAUGAGGCAAACAAGUUGCUCUGACUUCAAAUUGACUUCCUCUAGGUUCAGUGAGUCAAUUUGAUUAUUUUCUUGCACUCACAUACGAAAAAGUACCUCGAGAAAAACUAAAAAAUCAUCGAUAGAUCUUAUCGCUAACAUUGUACAGUUUCCUCAGAUUAAUUAUCAGAUGUUGGCCAAAGGAAAUGAUCAAGAUCAUCUUCAGUGCAAAGUGAUGGGUUAUUGAUCUAAGGUUAUGAAAAUAUUGAUGAUAGAUUCCCCAAUUUUGUAUGUUUUGUUUUAUGCAAGUAGUCUUUGAAAUCCAAAUGAGCAGUGUAAUAUAAGGCAAAUUCCUUUUGUGAAGUGUAUGUUUUGGGCAGUUGAAUAGAAUGGCCUCCAUAUUUGAAUACCACUACACCCACAUCAAUGGGAUGAGGCUUGAGAGCAGGAAGGAAUAUUGUUAUCUUUUUCUUGUUCUUUUUUUAUGGUUCAAACGGCCAGGAGGUCUGAAUUAAUUUACGUGUAAUUCGAUUAAUUCUCUCUUUAGUUUUGUCAAAGGC